UGUCUUUGCUUUUGGGGUUUCACAGCAAGGUGAGCUGUCACUCGCAUCCACAUUUACAAAUACGGCGUUCCGGUGCUCGAGGAAAGGAAGCAGAUACCACCAUUCCAAGGUUAGUUUCAUUGGGGGAAGGCAUGGCGAACAUUCUCGUCCCAAUAAUUCACCUAAUCCUAUUCUCACACUUCAUACUAUCUCUUGUAGAAAGUCAAGUCAGUUUCCCCGAAUGUCUAUGGGAGACUGAAUGUGAAAUAUCUCUUUCUGCUCUACUUCAAAAUCGCGCUUCUUCUCAUAACCCAAUACGCAUCCCCCAGUACAGAAACAAAUACAGCGACCAAGAGCAUGUACGCUGAUCCAGCACUAAGCCAAUCCUUAGUCAAACCCAAUCCUCCUUGUCUCCAGUCCUGUCGGAAAGGUAAU